UGUGUUCUGGCACUGCAGUUCCUCCAGCAACAGAAUGGUUAUUCAAAGAGUGAAACUUCAUACCCUGUCGCCUAGCACAAGGCUGCCCUAUGCAGUAAUCGGAUGGCACUCAGUACAAAACCAAGCCUUCCUGUCUGUCACCAGAGACCAGUUGCCAUUGAAGGCUGAACAGCUUUGACAUGGAUAUUGCCGGUGUAGCUGUUACUUUAACCAUGACAUCACUGAAAACAUUGUUAUCCUGAGCACACAUUGCUUCAAAGCCAGAAACAAACCAACCAUAGAGAGGUGUGUACUACUGUUAUGCCUUUUAGAGUUACCCGUUUCACCUGAGGCUUUUGCAUUUUUACUUGACGUCUUUAUAGCCUCUUCAUUGUCAGUUUAGUUUUCUAAUAACUUUGCUCCUAGUUCCCUAUUUAAUUCUCACCAUGAUGUCCACUCUAGUAAUGCACUUCCUUCACAGGUUGUGAAAAUGGAAGUAUGACAGUUGCAGGAAUUUGGUGGGAAUAAGUUUAUUUUUGUGUGUUUGAUCAUAAAGAGGAUUCCCUACCAUCAUGUUGCAGCAGAUUUUAAGGGAUAUGUACAUCGACCCUGAUCUUUUGGCUGAGCUGAAUGAGGAGCAGAAACAAAUCCUCUUCUACAAAAUGAGGGAAGAGCAAAUAAGACGUUGGAAUGAAUGGGAUAAAAUGCUGGACAAAGAGGAAUCGAAGAUGAAGAUCAAAGCCAAGUUCCAACACAAUAACUCUAAGCACAUUGAAUGGCUACAGGGAGCUAAUGGAGAAGUCUGGGUAUGGAUCAUGGGGGAAGCCAAUGGAGACAAGCCAUAUGAGCAAAUAACUGAAGAGAUCAUGGCUGAGAGAGCCAGGCAGCAAGCACAAAAGGAGGCAGAGGAGCAAUGGAAAAAAAAAGAGGCAGAAAUUGAGAAGAAGUUUCGUGAUGCUAUGGCCAAAGAAAAAGCACGGAUAGUGGCUGAAAAGUGGAAGGUGGAAAUUGAAGAUCGGAAAGCAGCAAAACUACUAGAAAAGAAGUUCCAGGAAGAACUAAAGAAACAACAGGAAGUGAAAGGAAAACUCCAAUAUGAGGAAAACCUCUUGUAG